CUGGUGGAGUGGGGAUUUAUAUGAAUAUCAGAUGAGCUCAGUUUGUGCCAUGCGGACAUGCACACACACGUACACACACAUACUCACACACAGACACUCACACACACCACACCGACCAGCAAUAGGCUAGUGGUUCCCACCGAAGACACAGAUCUGAGACCGAGAGAGAGAUCAGGAUGGGUGUUACAGGAGAAAUGAAGGAGGACGAGGCUGUGUAACACAGCACUGAAAGAUAAAGCGAGGGUGGGUGAGCAGACUGGAGGAGAGGAGAGGACAGACAGCACCAGCCUCAGCAGGUUUGUGAGGGAGAAGGAGAGAGGGAGAACUAGAAGAUAAAGAGCUUGUGAUGUUGCGUGGGGAUGAUGCUGAAUAUCAGCGCCGCUAUCACACUCUGGGCAGCAACACACGCCGCCUCUCUAACCCCGACAUGGAGGCCUUUGCUAAGCUCCACAAGAGCGGCGACACGGAGCAUCAGAGAAACAAAUACCCUCCGCAGCACGCCGCCACGCUGGUCAACACCAACUGUGCACGGCAGCAGCAGCCACAUUACUGGAGUUUUAAGGCUCGGACUCCACGCAGUGCCGCGGGGCUGCAGCAGCACUCACUGGGUGAGCAGGUGGGAGGGCGAGUGUGUUAUGCAUCUGCGGAGAAUUUGGAAAGCAUGGCCGAUGCUGAGCUGCCGCUGGGCUUCAGUCGCUCCAACAUCCUCAGACAGAGUCUUCCACUGUCACGAUCACCCAGCCAAGCUAAACUGAGAGCACCGGCGGUGUUGUUUUUGCAGUUUGGUGACGAGACACGGCGGGUGCACAUUACUCAUGAGCUGACCAGCAUGGAGACGCUUCACGCCCUCAUCGUGCACAUGUUCCCUCAGAAACUGACGAUGGGCGCAUUGCGUUCGCCUGGCACAGCUCUCCUUAUAAAGGAUGAGGCACGCAACAUCUUCUACGAGCUGGAGGACCCUCGUGACAUCCACGACCGAUGUCUCAUCAAGAUUUACUGCAGAGAGGCUCCACUACGAGACACACACUACAAUGCACAACACACAGCCCACGCAGUACACCACACACACAUCGCCAACGGAGACCUGCGGAGAGAGCUGGUGUACACCUCAAGGGAAUCCUCUCCCACGCAGCGUUUAAACACACUCCCGUCUUCCUCUCCUCCCUCUGGAUCUCCGUCACGCUCGCAAUCACGUCUUUCUUACACAGGUGGGCGUCCGUCCUCUUACGCGGGUCCCCAUGCGUCACCUCAGCUCCACCCCUAUCAGCAACACCAUGCCCACCCCGGAGGCCACGCCUCCCAGCAGGCUGCCCACCCUGCAUUUUGCUCCUCCCCAAGUGCCAUUCUAGAACGGCGUGAUGUGAAGCCAGACGAGGAAAUUACCUCAUCCUCGAAAAGUGUGGUGUUGCUAAAAAACGAAGCGAUAUACGCAGACCCAUACACGCUCGUCCAGGAUCCUCGGCUCAGCGUUGCCUCGCCGCAAGCUCUGGCAUACCGCCGUGGGUCUGUGCGCUCUAUUGGUGGCUACCCUGUUGCGGCAUUGCAAUGUGAGCUGGAGGGUGCCCUCUACAGGCCCGGUGGUCCCAUAUACGCAGAUCCAUAUGCUGCGAUGGGCUUCCGCACCCUACCUCCAGCCUCGCCUCAGAAACUGUCCGAUGGCAGGGAUCCGUAUGGCAGCCAUCCGGGACGAGGGUCCCCUGGGAGACAUGGCUUUCGUAAAGAUGGCUCUGUGUACAUAGAGAGUCCAAAGAAUCGUCCAGGAGGACCACCUCUGGAGCAGAUAUGUAUGCUUGGGGCCCCCGGAGGAGACGGAGGGCCAUUACCAGUGUACGGCUCAACAUUACCUGGCAAUGAAGAGACCAGAGAGCGCAUGGAGGCCAUGGAGAAGCAGAUAGCCAGUUUAACCGGAUUAGUUCAGAGCGUUUUGACCCGAGGCCCAGACAGCCCUGAGAAAGCAGAAACAGCAAGCGACUGCUCUGCACCAGAGACUGGAAGGUUUAGAAAACAAAAAGUGUCAUCACCAUCUGCUCCUCUGGCUCUGAUGCCGCCUCCGCCCACUGCAGCCUCUCAGCCAAUAGCAAUGUCCUGUUCACAAAUGCAGCUGCACCUUACUGACCUGCAGCAGCACACAGCUGAACUGCGCAAACAGCUGACACAACUGCGCCAGUUACAGUUGCAGAAUCAGGACUCCGUUCAGGCAAUACUGAGGCAGACGGAGUCUGAUUUGGGGAUGUGUCUGAUCGAAGCGUCUCGCACACAAGAAGAUCCAUUACAGCGUCAGCGUCUUCUUGUUGAAGAAGAGAGGCUACGCUACCUUAAUGAAGAAGAACUUAUUAUACAACAACUACACGAUCUCGAGCACUCGGUGGAGGAAAUGAGAAUGGGGGCGGGACUUAACCAUCACCUGGUGACAGAACAGGAAAUAGAACAGAAGAGUCUGGAGCUCAGGAGACUGGGAGAGACUGUCACUGACCUCAAGAAUCAGUUCCCGAAUUUACAAAGUAAGAUGCGUGUGGUAUUGAGGGUGGAGGUGGAAGCCGUCAAGUUUCUGAAAGAGGAACCUCUCAGACUGGAGGCCCUGUUGAAACGCUGCAGAAACAUCACCAAUACACUCGCUCUACUACGAAGGCAGGUAUCAGAAGGUGUGUGGAGGACACCCGAUGACUUUAGUAGUUCAGUUUCCAGUGCAAGUGACACUGACUUCAGCAGGAGCUCCGAUCUAGAUAUUCUCGCCAGCCCUUCUCUAAAUCUGUCUGAUUUAGGAUGCACCUUAUUGGGCACUGCCACUCUUUCUGCCUCCCUGGGCACUAAUACCUCAAAUCCUGGCUUGACGAGUGCUUCUAGUAUAGGAUGUACCACUAGUCUGUCGAAAGUGCUUGGCUCUGCUGUUGGUGCCAGUAUGACCAGCAGUGGUAUUCCUGGCAGCACUACGCUGGGUAACUGGCUGGCAGGGGCCGGGGUGACAGAUCCCAUCAUGCCUGAACUGGACGGCACCUCAACAGGGCCAAUAAAGACCAGCGGCCUGGAAGAUCUGCCCGCACGUAGAGAAUCUGACAAAGGAGUAUCUGUGGAAGUCCGAUUGGCUGCAGAGCGAGACUGGGAGGAGAAGAGAGCCAGUUUAACUCAGUUCAGUGCUCAAGACAUCAAUCGCCUGUUGGAGGAAACUCAAGCUGAGCUGAUGAAGGCCAUUCCAGAUCUGGACUUCGCCGCCAAGCAGAUCACCAAACCGGCAGUACCGCCAAAACCCCAGCUGUCCUCCCUCCCAGCACCUGGUUCAGCCUCCUCCACUCCUACCUUAACACCUGAACAUCAGCCCAGCAAAACCCCACCGAAACCACCCAGCAAAGACGGCAUCCCACGCAGGGGAUCAGGGGAGUUGACUGUGCCACGGUAUCGCACAGAGAAGCUGUCCAAGUCUCCGCCUCCUCCUCCUCCACGACGAAGUUUCCCAUCAGGUCUUGGGCUCACGACCAACAGCAGUGGAGAAGUUAUCACCGUAAACAAGAGCUUGAAGAAGUUGGAGAAGAUAGAGAACAGAGACGAGACUGAAGUACCGACUCAAUCCCAAACACCUCCAGUCAAACUGAGACGCCCAUCGACCUCGGACGGGCCCCGACCUUCAUCCACACCUCCGGUCAUCGCUGCUUCUGGCGUGAAGGAAGAUGAAGAUGAAGAUGAGAAGAUAAUGGCAGAACUAGAGGCAUUUCAGAGAGUCCCAGCGAGACUGAGGGUCACCGCUGCGGCCCAAAGCCCUGCUGAGGUCACUCCUAACGGUGUUGACAGGGCAGGCCAGUGGAUCAGCAAUUCUCUGUGGAGAGAGCCUGUAGGGACUCCUCCGGGCUCAGCCAAACUGGUGCAGCCAUCUGCGGCGUCCCGUCUGCGGCACCUGCAGCAGAGCAGCCUGGAGCGCAGGAGCAGGAAACAGCAGGAGGAACUCCCAAAGCUCCAGCAGGGUCAGCAGCAGGUGAACACUUCAUGGCGACGAUGACCCUAGAAACCAGGGAAGCACAGGUGACCUCUGAGCCUAAAUCAUCUCCCAGCUAAAGCACAACACCUCAUUACGGAAGAGCUUUGUCCAAGGUACGAGUCUAAUUCUAAUUUCAUAGUAAAGCUGGAAGGAAUAAUGCAAAUAACAGCCAGUUUAUGUACACUGCAUAAUCAAUGUAAUCUAUAUAUGGUAAAUAAAACCUGAAGCAGUUACAAUCUCCUAUGUAAACAAAUUUAUGGCAGUAUAUUCUAAAAAUAUUUUAGGGUGAAUCUCAUUAAUACAUGCACAGAUCACAUUUUACCGCAAAAUGUAAAAAUAAAAAUGCAUUUUGCAAAAAGAAAAUCGAGCUUCUUUUUAGGAC